AUGUGGGUGAAUUGCAUUUUGAGGUCUGGGUUGCUGUUUGUCACUUAGUCUCUUACCAUUGCCAAGCACAAGCAAUCUUCCUUCGCUGCAAGUUGCUACCCAAGGGGAACACUGUCCCAAGCUGUUGAUACGCUGUAUGUCAAAGCAGCAAGGCUCAAAGCAACAAUUCCAGAAGAUCAUGUAAAAAAAGUACAGUUAUUAAAGAAAACAAAAAAGCUAUUUAUGAAAAACUGCAGAUUCCAAGAACAAUUACUGUCCCUUUUCAUGGAAGACGUUUUUGGUCAACUCCAGUUACAAGUUUGCAAGAAAAUACACUUUGUGGAAGACUUUCACAGCCUUAGGCAGAAAUUGAGCCACUGUGCAAGUAUGUAUAGCAAAUAA